AUGCGGUUGAAGCGUGAAGAAGCAAAACAGCUAAAAUUGGGUCUUACAGAAAAGAAAAAGGAAGAAAAGCCUUUAAGUAAAGAAGAGGAAAAGAAGAAAAAGGAAAUGGAAGAGAUACGUCGAAAGGACUUGGAAGAAGCUGAAAAGAAGAAGAAAGAGGCUGAGAAAAAGAAAACGCCACAAAGAGAAGUUGGUCCUGAUGAAGUCGAAAAAGAAAAGAAGGAAAAAAGGCCCUCAAAGGAUGAAGAAAAAGAAAUGGAAAAAUUCCAUCAAGAAAGGGAAUCCAGAUUGAAAAAGAGGAAGGAGGAAGAAGAAAAUGCUAGGAAAGAACAAGAAGAAUUAGUUAGAAAAAUGGAAGCAGCUAAGACUAAAGCUUUAGCUGAAGAAGCUGCUAAGAAGGAAGAACAGGAGAAGCGGAAAAAACAGAUGGAAGAGGAGGAGAAGGUGAAAAAGCAAAAGGAGGAAGAGGUAGCUGAAGAAAAAUCGGCAAAAGAAAAAGCUGAAGAAGCAGCACUAAAAAUGCAAUAUGAAGCAGAUGAUGUUGACAAAAUGACAAUGAAACGUAAAACUAUGAAGAAACAAACAUUUGAUAAAGAUGAACUGCCUGAUGAUCAGAAGGCGCGUGAAUCUUUGACUUCUGAUGACCAAUUUGUUAUGGCUGGUGCUUUAAAAGUAGAAACAAGAAAAGCUAUUGGAGAGGAAGAAGAGGAAUGGGAAUUUGUUGAAGAAGAGGAUGAAAAGCCGAGGGAAUUGACUCCACGCAAGUAUGAAGAGUCAAAAGUAGAGUUUGACGAUGUUGAAGAGUUUUUGAAUAAACGUCGUAUGCAAAGAUUACAACUUGAUGAAGUGCAAGCAUUUGAGGAGCUUCCUAGAGCUACUCGACAUCGUACAAUGAGGAAAGGCUUUGUUUCCUUGCCUGAUUCUCAACUAUAUGCUUCACGAGGGGAUACAGUAGUAUUUGAAUGUGAAUUAUUUAAUGAAAGUGAUACCGUUGAGUGGCAAAUUAAUGGGAAAUCAUUAAACGAAUUUAACGAUGGAAGAUGUUCUAUUCAAAAUUAUGCUUAUAUUAGACAAUUAACAAUUGAAAAUGUCGUUCCAAAAGAUAGUGGAUUAAAAGUUUCAAUUACUUUGGAAGGGCAGACCCAUCAAAGCAAAUUGACAGUUGAAGAGGUUCCUGUCGAAUUUGCAGAGAAAUUACCAAGAAAAGUUAUUGCAAAUGUUGGGGAUACAACAGCUACAAUUGUUGCUAUUUUAACACACGAUUGUGCUAAAAACAUUAGUUGGUAUCACAAUGGACAGCCAUUAUUUACAGAUAAUACUUAUCAAAUUAUAAAUGAGGGAUGCAUAUGUAGUCUACUGGUAAGAGAAAUAGAUUACAAACUUGGUGGCCGAUACACUAUUAGUGCUGACAAAGUUGAGUCUUCUACAAUUUUAGAAGUACACGGUAAACCCUCAAUGGAAUUUACCGAUAUUGGAUUACAACGUAUUGUAAUUGAUGCAAACGAGAAUUUAACACUUAAAGUCCGUCUAAAAUCUUUACCAGAACCUGAAGUCGAUUUGUAUUUAAAUAAUGAAUUGUUAACACCAGAAUUGAGGACUUCUGUUACGAUUUUAGAAGAAAGUGUGCUAGUAACUAGAAGAGAAUUAAGCCGACAUGAUAGAGGAAUUUAUAAACUUGUUUUGUUUAACGAAUAUGGGGAGGAUUCGUUAGAGUAUGAUGUUUAUGUUAGAGAUGUACCUGAUGCACCUUCUGGGCUGAUGGUGACUGAAGUUGGGCAUGAUUAUUGCUUCUUAAAAUGGAAUCCACCUCUAGCAACCGGUGUUAGUGACGAACGCGAACGAAUAACUGGUUAUGUUAUAGAGAAGAAGGGAACUAAUAGAAGAGUUUGGCAGCGUGUUGGACAGCUUUCUGCAUAUUCACUAGAAAUAUUUAUUGAAGAUCUAGAUUAUGACACGGAUUAUGUAUUCCGUGUUGCUGCAACUAACCGAUUUGGAGUUGGAGAAUUCUCCAAAUUGGCCCAGAUAACUACUGGAACACCCUUCUCCGCCCCCGUUAUGCACUCAGCUCCCCGCAUUUCACAUACUUAUGAACGAAGUGUACGACUUGAAUGGGAUGAAUGUUGGGAUACUGGAGGUAGCCCUUUGUUUGGUUAUGAUGUUUUCUGCAAAAUUGGAGCUGAUUGGCAAAAAAUGAAUGAAUCUACAGUUUUUACUGAAAAUUUCUGGGUUGAUGAAUUUUUGGAUGCAAGCAAGAAUGGAUGUGUUUUUAAAGUAGAAGCACAAAAUUAUGCUGGAUUACAUUCUGAUUCAAAUAUUAUAUCUGAACCUCUUCAAGUAGAUGAACAAUCUAUAGCUAGUCAUGCAGCUCAACAUCAACAAAUGUCAGCCCCCAAAGUUACUAUACUUGGAGGCACAAGAGUUCGCGUCUCCUGGGAAAUGCCGGAAUGGCUUGGAAGUAUUGCUGGGCCGAAAUAUUUUGUUGUUCAAUACCGAUCUGAGGGAACAUAUCUCUGGAAUGAAGUUCUCGAGCAGUACAAGCAGUCACCUGCAAUUGUUGAAGAUGAACUAAAGGAGGGAGUGCCCUAUAAAGUUCGCGUUGUUUUACGCUCUACAGGAGAAACAGAAAAAGAAGAUAUCUCAGCUUCAGACGAAAGUGACAUAAUUAAAAUUUCUGGUUUCAAUGUUCCGAUAUUAACCAAAACUUUACGUGAUGCCCUUAUACCCAAAAAAGAGGAAGUUUGUUUAGAAAUUUGUGCUGUUAGUGAACCUGCGCCUCUCUUUGUAUGGUUAAAGAAUGGUGAAGAGAUUGUACCCUCUCCAGAAUAUGACAAUGUUUCUAUAAGUAAUGAAGGUUAUGCAAGCAAAUUGGUUAUACACAGAAUGGGUGAAAAUGAUGAAGGAUAUUAUACAUGCCAAAUUAGUAAUGAAUAUGGAAUGAUUGAAACAAAAGCAUUUAUUCGAAUGGGAAAAGUUCAAGCUCACUUCAUCAACUCCUUCGCAGAAAAGAUAACAGCUACGGAAGGGAAAGAUGUUGUUCUAGAAUGUGAGGUUUCUGACCCCGAAGCUUCUGUUAGUUGGACUAGGAAUAAGCGCCAUAUUGGUGAAACAACAAAUAGAAUUUCAUUGGAACAACAAGGCUAUAAGAGACGUUUAAUUCUUUAUGGGGCAAUGAAAGAAGAUUCAGGCAUAUACACAUGUGAAAUUGAAACAGCUACAGGCUCCGAUAAAAAAGUUCAAACAGAAAUUGUUGUUAGACCCGAAAAAGCUCGUAUUGUGUUUUCCCCUCAAGGAAGGAUAAUUUGCCAUUAUGGGGAGAAAAUCCAACUUUAUGCCGAUCUUUCUAAGAGUGCAGAGGAUGUUGUUUGGUAUAAAGAUGGAUUGCCUCUACAAUGUAAAAAGUGUUUUGCAUACUUUGAGGGUACUAAAGCGCUGCUUGAAAUUUACAAUUUUGAUGAAUCUGAUAUUGGAGAGUACAGUAUAUCAUUGGAAGGGGGCGAAAAGAGUGCUCCAGCUAAAUUGAGAUUUGAAGUUUCGCCAAAAAUUGAGUUGCGCCGUUAUCACCAUGAAGAAAGAAUAGUUAAAAUUGGAGGAGAUGAGUUUACUGUAACAGCAAAUCUUCUGGGUUGGCCAACUCCAAAACUCUCAAUUCUUCUCAAUGAUAACCCUAUAAAUGAUGCAAAACAAGUAGUGGUAAAUGCUGGUGUAGGUUGUGGUGAAGUUCAUACAAUAAACAUAAGGAGCUUGAAAAGAUCGCAUAGUGGAAGGAUAUGGCUUCGUGCUUCAAACGAAUUUGGAGAAGAUUCCUCUUACAUCGACUUGAAAGUUUUGGACGUUCCUUCUGCUCCCAUCAACCUACGAGUCCGUAACAUAACUUCCUCUUCUGUUGAUCUCUAUUGGAAUAUUGCUGAAUCUGAUUCGUCUUAUAAAGGCGAAGAAUUUAUUGAAAGCUUUAUUGUCGAAAGAAAAACUGGGGAGAGGCAACGAUGGAGACAAUUACAACGAAAAACUGCUGAGAGAAUAAAAACGGAUACUGGAGAAUAUGUUUAUACAAUUCAAGGGCUUUAUCCCGGUGAAAGUUAUGCUUUCAGAGUUUUGGCUUUUAAUGAAAUUGGGGAAUCAGAGCCAAGUAAAGCUAUUGAUGUUGAUUUACCACACGAGCAAUCUGAUGAUGAGGAAGAAGAAAGGAAGAUUGAAGGUAUUAGAAGACGUUUAUCUUCCACUGAGAUUUUACAAAGGAAGAUUUCUGAAACUCUUCCGCCGUUGGAGAGACCAAGCAAACCAACUGUGAGCACAGACGGUCUUCAAACAAAAGCUAUUCUCAGUUGGGAACAAGUUGAUAGAGCAAUGCUCUACGGCAUUGAAAGGAGACGUUUAUCUGCUAGUAAUGAUACCGAUUUCUGGUUAGAAGUUGCCAAUAUUGAAAGAACAACAUUUAUUGACCGUUCAAUUUAUGAAACUGGACGUUAUGUUUAUAGAAUUGUGGCUAAAUUACCGGGAGUUAUGAAUAGUGAAGCUGGGACACAAAGCGAAGAAGUGUUUAUUACUGUGCAAAAUGUGCUUGAUGAAGGGGGCAGCAAGUCUGGUUUAGAAAGAAGAAUGGAACAACAUCGGUAUCCAGAAGAUUCGGAUGCUUCUACCUCAUCUUCUGUUCAGAGUUUACUUGAUUCUGGAAUCCAAAUCGAUGAUGGUUUCCAUUCUCCAAUGAAAAGUUUGAGAAAAAAGGUGUCAAUAUCUAAAGAAGGUGGAAGCAGUGGCCGACGUGUUAGUUUUGCAGAAGAUAAAAAAUCUAGAGAGGAAAAACGGAAAGAAGACAAAUUAAAAUUUAAAGAGGAAAUGGAAGAACAAAGGCCUUCAUCAUCAUCUAGCUAUGAAUUUAGAGGAGAAUUUGAUAAAUUGGAAGGGGAAAUAGAGUUGAAAGAGGAGGAGAAAGAAGAGGGUAAAAAUCUAAGUAAUGAGGAGAAUGAAGAAAAAAUUGAAGAAAAAGUGGAAGAAACUAACAAAAGUGAAGUAAAGCCUAUAAGAACCAAAAUUCUAAAGAAGAAGACAAAAACCGAAAAAGAAGUUGAUACAAAUAAAAUUGAGGAAAAUAUUGAAGAUAAAUCUUCUGUAUCAUUAGAAAAGGAAAAAAUAAAGGAGGAAAAGGAGGACGUAAAAUCAGUGAAGAAAGAAGAUGAAAUUAAAGUAGAAAAAAGUAAAAAACAAGACGAAGAAAAAGUAGAAAUUAAAAAGGAUUCUUCUGUCGGAUUCGAGGUCCCACUUAAUGAUAUUGAGGCAGUCGAAGGGCAACUUCGCGUUGAAAUGGUGGCAAAGUUGGAGAAAAGCACACGUGAUACAUUAAUGCGUGCAAAAUGGUUUAAAGAUGGAAAACUUUUAAAUGCUCGAACAUUGAAGCACAAGGCACUAUUAGAUAAUAAAGGAGAAGCAAAACUUGUUAUCAAUAAAAUUGAAAAGGCAGAUGAAGGCCUUUACAAACUCGAACUUGAACUUAGUAGCCGAGAACAGUCAAAACCUUCAACCCAGGCAUAUUUGUCUGUUAGAGGAAAAGGUGAAUUGCCUAAAGCUGGCAUUGAAACGAAAACAACCGAUACUGGACGCAAACCCGUAGGAAAAGUAGCGCCACAAAAAACACAAAAAACACCACCAAAAUUUGUUAAGAAACCAAAACCUAAUGCUGAAUCCAUCAAAGGCUCACGUAUCUGCCUAAGUGGAUCAUUCUCAGGCUUUCCUCUUCCCAAACUUAAAUGGCUUCGAAACGGGAAGGAAUUUUUAGCGGAUGAGUUUAUUCUAUUAAAUAUCAAUUACAACGAGGAUUUGGAAUUAAAUGAGUUUAUGUUAGAAAUUUUGAAAUUUACACCGCCUGAACAUGAAGGGACAUAUACUGCCCUAAUUCAAAAUGAACAUGGCAGCGAUUCUGUCUCAAUUUUAGUUUCCGAACUUUCUUUAGAAGAUAAAAUGAAGAAUUUUGGUGUAUCAGAAAAGAAGGUCCUAUUAUAA